GUGAAAGGAUAAGUUUUAAAAAUGCAAGCGAUUUAUUCCAAGGUCAACUGUAAUAUGAUACAGCAUUGAAAGAUAAAAUUUACAUUUUAUUAGUGGUGCCAAUCAUAUUCAGUAGUUGCUCUUUAACCAGUAACAUGCUUAUAUUUAAAGAACUGAUGUAAACUACAGAUAAAAUUUCAAACUGCUAACGGAAUUUUGUUGCUAGAUAGUACAUGAACUUGAAAAAGAGGAGUAUUUAUUAACAGAGGUUUUUAAAAAUAUUGAUGAUAGAAGCUUAUUAUAUGAAUCGGUAAAAUUAUUAUUUGAAUGUCUUAAAACAAAAAUAAUUACUGCACAAUGUUUAUCAGAAAAAUUAAGUGACAAAGGACGAAAUCUUAAUGCUCAGACAGUAGAUACAAAGAAUUAUAAAUAUUUAUGCCAAAUAAAGCUCAGAAUAAACAGGAAAAUUUCUCGAUGUUCCCUUUUGUCUGAAAAAGGGCGUCACAGAAUACCAAAUCUAAGUAUUCCAUACAGAGCUUUCAUUAAAACUAGAUACAAACAAUUUCCACAAAGAUUUUCAAAUAUUUUAGAUUAUUUUAAAGCAAAAAAUUUUAUCAAUUAUAAAAAUGAUGAUAAAUUAGAUUUUAUUAUAUAUCAAAGAAAUUCACUCAUGCCAGUUUUACAAUUAGGAGUUUUUAAUAAUGAAAAUCAGUUGGAUAUAAAUCUUAAAAAAGGAAAAGUUCCCAUUUGUUACAUGGAUGAUGUUGAGAUGGAUGUAACCAAAAAUACAUUCCACUUGUCACCAUCUUUCCAAGGAAAUGUUAACAGCAAUUUAAAGAAUUUUAGUGGUACAUGGCCACGAAGCAAAGUAAAGGGAAAUCUUUCUCUGCCCUCUCUUUGGGUGUCCGAAAACACAAAUCGAGAGAGGGAAAUCAAAUCAGAAGAAAGGUGCAUUCCAAGGAGUCCAAAAACAAUUGGAGCAGGAUUGGGUACAGUUCUUGAAAUGCAAAAAGAACAUGAUAAAAUGUCCCGGCAUAGUCCAACUCAGAAGGAUGAGUUUUGGGAAGCAUUAUGGUCACAUUAUGAUUGUCUGAUGGAUGAUGGUCUCAUUGCAUCAUGUCGUGAAGCUAGUGGUGAAUUAUCUUUAGAUGGUGAAGUUGUGUCACCAGAUUAUACAUGGUCUUUUACUGAAUUUAUACAGCAAUUUAAUCAGUUGCAUGACUGGCUUCAUAAACUUCAAUCUACUGUAGUCGUUAAUACUGAAGAUGAUGAUAAGACUGUAGUAAAAUCAACUGUUGAAGAACUUCAGAAAGUAGCCUUCCGAUGCAAAUUAUUUAAUGAACAAGCUCAGCAUCUUGAUAAGCGUUAUCCUGAUAUGAAAGAUGAAAUUAAUCGUAGACUGAAUUUAUUAAACAAUAAAUGGGAAGCAGUGGAACAAGCUGUUAAUCCCCAUAAACCUCAGCAAAAUGAAGAUGGCAUUUCUCAAGAAGUUGGAUAUCAAAUGAGAUGUUUGAGAAAAUGGUUACGUGAAUUGGAAAAUGAUCUUAGUCCAAUGACAAUAUCACCUGCUUGGACAUUGCAAGAUCUUGAAAACAAGUAUAAAGAACAACUAGCACUGCAAAAGAAAAUCGAAUCGAGAGGAAAAUACGUAUCUGCUCUAUUGAAAUCUUGCGAUCGCCUUGUAAGUUGUCGUGUGGAUGACACAGGGCCCCCUCUGAGUUGGGAUGCUCAUCACAUUAGAAAAGUUGCUUCCAACUUGGAAAAGAGAUGGCAUGCUUUGUGGCUAAAAUCCCUGGAAAGACAAUGCUUGCUUGAGGAAUUUCUUAAAAAAUAUAGAUCUGUGAGUAUAUUUUCUGUUGAGGUAACUCUUUUAAGACAACGAAUUGAGAUACAUGAAACUAGAAAAAUGCGUUCAGGUGAACGAACGUAUCCGUUCCGGACGAUGGAUCCUUCGGUCAUUAUCUACUUGGUGCAAAUCAUUCGGGCACUGCAAAAGAAAAUCGAAUCGAGAGGAAAAUACGUAUCUGCUCUAUUGAAAUCUUGCGAUCGCCUUGUAAGUUGUCGUGUGGAUGACACAGGGCCCCCUCUGAGUUGGGAUGCUCAUCACAUUAGAAAAGUUGCUUCCAACUUGGAAAAGAGAUGGCAUGCUUUGUGGCUAAAAUCCCUGGAAAGACAAUGCUUGCUUGAGGAAUUUCUUAAAAAAUAUAGAUCUGGAUGUAUGUCAGGAGAUUCAUCUUUUGAAUUAAGUUUUAGUGAAGAACCACUCACUAAAUAUCCAAAAUUAAGCAGUGAUUGGGAAGAUAGUUUCCUUUUACGACAUGCUGAUGGUACAAAUCCAAUGGAUUCUGAAUUAACAGAUUAUGAAGGUAUGAAAGCUGAUGAUAAAAUGGAAGAAUGUAUGAAGCCAGUUCAGCAAGAUAAUUGUGAAAUAUCUGAAGACAAUACUAAUACAAAUGAUAAAGGUGUCAUGGUAGGCAUGACAGGAAUUGCAGAUUUAAAAGCAGAAUGUGGAGGUAAUAUUGGGCGUUUUGAAAUAAUACAGGAUGUAGGAUAUUCUAGUGAGAGUUCAGCUCAUUUAUCUAAUGAUGAAAAACAAGAAUUUAUUAGAGUUUACAGCUAUAGUCCUGUAUGUAGUGGUCCAUCAUUAAUUUCAGAGUAUGCAGUAACCAAUUCAACACCUAAAACUCUUGACAAUAAGCCAUCUUCCUCAAAUUCAUCAAAUUUAUAUCUUCCACCAGAUAAAUAUCCUUCUAUAUCUCUUAAAGAUUGGCAGUUUGUAACUGGAGAAGAACCAUUUUAUAAAUUAAAAAAUAAAACCGAAUCUUUAACAACACCUUCUUCUACUUUUUAUAAAAUGACUUCAAUUGAUCCUGAUGCUGUAGAAGAAUCAGCAAUAAUUGAAAAUGUAUUUGAAGAUAAACAUACUUCAGAUGAAAAUUUUAAGCAAGAUAAUAUUGAAUUAAUGGAUGAUAGUGUUAACAGUAUUUCAUUCUGUCCUGCUCCAAAAGAAGAUUCAAAAUUAUCUACAAAUGAUCUCUCCACUUCAGUAACACAGGUACAAUCAUCGUCAGAUGUUAUUAAGAUGAAACAAUUACUUGCUUGGGCUGAAGUACCAAAUAAGAAUUCUUCUGUUCAUUUAAGAAAUAUUGCUUCUGGUAAAAAAUUAACAAAAAAUGCACAUAUUCGAGAGUGGUUAGAAAAUUGUCAAGAAGGUAAAAUAUAUAGUAAAAUUGAAAAUAACAUAGAAAAUAAAGUGAUGAAUAACCAUCUGUUGGUAGAUAGUUCCUGUGAUGCAAGUGGUGAAUACACUACAAAUGAAUCAGAUAGUGAGCAGUCAAGUAGUUCUGCAGAUGUCAAUAACAGUUUGAUAAUGAGUAGAUCAAAUACAGGUUCUGUAGAAACUGUAAUACCAGUAGUAGAAGAAAGUUCUGGUAAUGUGUGGUCUGGUUCUUCAUCGGUCACUAUGAGAAAUAAACGUAAAAGUUUUAAAGAUAGACCAUGGAGUGUAACUGAAAUUGGACAUGUAACUAGUGGCUUAAGAUUUUCUCCGCUUUCAACUUCAGAAGGUUCUCUCAAUAUUCUAUGUUCUUCCCAGUUUAAUAAGACUAUAGAUUCAAAAUAUCGUAGUUCAAAAUGGUCAAUAGGAGCACAAAAGCAUCUUUCUGAUGAUAAAAGUCGUUCAUUGGGAAAUAAACCAAGACGAAAUCGAAGUCGGAGUAGUCUCCAAAAUACUUCACAUCGUUCAGAUUCUGGUUCAGAUAAUCUUUCACCAAAUACAACUUGUAGCACUUUAUGUCAAUCAAAUUGUUCUGAUCUUCAAAUUUCAACACCAACACGCCGAAGAAAAUCAAAUUCAAUCUUAUCAGACAAAUUUGCUAUUCAUUUAUCACCAGUUCAUCGUUCUCCAGCACGGCGUUUUUCGAAUUCUCGUUCAUCAUCAUCCAAUAGUAGUGGAAAAAAACGAAACACCCAGUCUUCAUCUGAUAAUUAUCAAAAUACUAAAACUUGGCCAGUGUCUCAUAGUGAGCCAGAAAAUCUCUCAGCUGCACAGCUUCCUUCAUCAUCAGUUGCUGACAGUGAUCAAGCGCUUACACAGACAGAAGAUCAAAGUUCUGUUUCUGAUCAAGUUUGGGAUGGUUACCAGGAUCCCCCUUAUUUUAGUGAGCCUUAUUCAGAACAAGCAUUGAAUGAUGAGGAAGUGAGAAAGCUGAUUGAGUUUGGUGACGACUAUGGAGCUUAUCUUGGAUGUCAUUCUGAUGCAUCUUCUUUUAGUGAUGGCCGUAACUUGACUAGAAUGCAUAUCUCACAUUCUCGUUCACAAGUAAGUAAAAACUAUGAGCCUUAUUCAGAACAAGCAUUGAAUGAUGAGGAAGUGAGAAAGCUGAUUGAGUUUGGUGACGACUAUGGAGCUUAUCUUGGAUGUCAUUCUGAUGCAUCUUCUUUUAGUGAUGGCCGUAACUUGACUAGAAUGCAUAUCUCACAUUCUCGUUCACAAGAUCCCCCUUAUUUUAGUGAGCCUUAUUCAGAACAAGCAUUGAAUGAUGAGGAAGUGAGAAAGCUGAUUGAGUUUGGUGACGACUAUGGAGCUUAUCUUGGAUGUCAUUCUGAUGCAUCUUCUUUUAGUGAUGGCCGUAACUUGACUAGAAUGCAUAUCUCACAUUCUCGUUCACAAUUACAGGCUGAACUUUAUGCAACUUGUGAAACACACUUGAAUUGCCUACAAGUAAUAUCAGAUCACUUGACUAAAAGUGACAAAACAAUAGGAAAUGAAGAUUUUAAUCAAUUAACAAACUUAAUCGAAGAAUGGAAAUCUCUGCAACAGUCGGUGGCUUCGAAACAGAAAAGUAAUUGUGCUCGACAGUUGUCUGCUGAAUAUGUGGCCAUUCAAAAAUCAUUAAACGAAUUAGCCGAGAAGAUAUCCCAGUUAACUACUACCCCUUUUCAGCGUAAUACUACCCUCGAUAUAUUACAAGAGCGAAUAGCUGCACUACAGAUGUCACGUUCGACACUUCAGGAGACUAAAGACUCUCUGUUAGAGGUUAGCAAACGCAUCGUUCGAUUAAUGUCUGAGGCGGACCUUAUGACUUGUCCACUUAAGGAACAUUUCAACAAACUGUACCAAAGAUGGGAAGAUAUCUACGAAGAGAAUGGAACACACUUGACCGACCUGCAACAGUUGUAUCAGAAAUGGAAUAAUUGCGAUGUAUUGUGUCAACAAUUACAGAAAACCUUGGAAGCCACACGAUCUUCUGAGGUGAAUAAGGAGAUAGUAGAAUCGGCAGAGAAACAGUUGGAUAAAUUGAGGACGAUGCUGGCAGAAGUUAAAGAUUUAUUGGGUACCGGUGAACCAUGGAAGAAAUUAGCAGAACGUGUGGCUGAUCUUCAAUCUAAAAUAUACGUCAGAGAUGUCAGUUGUGCACCGGUUCACACGGAACAGCCCGGACCCACUAAGAGAUUUUGGAGGAUUAUACGAUUUGCAAUUCCCAUCCAGUUGGCCCUGGUGUUGUUGUAUUGUUUAGCCUGUCUACUGGAGCCACGAUGUUGCGAUUUGGUCAACAAUCUCAACUUCUCCCUGACUCCUCAUUUGCGUUACGUUCGUGGACCUCCACCCGUAUGAAAGAGCCCGAUGCCGACUAGAAAGUCGGCUUACCGAACCCGUUCGUGCGUCUUGCAAUGCGUGCGUGCGUUGGCAUUGCGAGGAACCUGCGCAGCAAGAAGUAUUAAUCCAAAAACUCCCGUUCCCGUGUCGGUGCGUGCGUGCCUGUAUGCGUUCGUUGCGUUAUUAUCGGACCAGUUUCCCCUAUGAUUUUCUCAUCGCUUAAUUUUCAUAAUCAUUCCUUAAUUUUAGGGAACAUAACCUUUUUUUAUAUAACUUUUUUUAAUCGUAUGUUUCUUUAUCCGAGAAGAGGACCCUUUAACCGUCUCGUCCGAUUAUUUGCGUUUUGUUGCGAGAUAUACGCAGUAUUUAAACGGGACCCAUGGACGAGUAUUAUUUCUUUGAUUGUCUUCAGUUAAUCGUAUAUCGUUAGUCAGUCCUGUGGUCAAAGCGUUUAGAUGUACGUUAUGCGCACGAUGAUAUAUUUUGGGGUAAGGUGUGAUCACCGAGAUCAGGAGGAAAUUUGAACACGUAUUGGCUGUCUUACCAUUACCACUUCGUGUGUCACGUUUUACGUAUCACGUCAGCACGUUAGACGUUAGUUUAGGAUUUUAAUAAUCCUGUGACACUGCCUUCCAUCAUGUAUGUAGUGGUCGAAUGGAAGUAGCCCUUUCUUGACAAUUACGUCAAGUUUUAAUUCAUCAAUUAGUUGAUUAUGAUUAUUAAUUAAAACAAUUAAUCAAUAAAAGUCAAAUUGAAAUUUUA